AUGCUGCGUCCUCCCUUGGUCGAUUGUUGCCGAACUCGGGCGGACCAAGCGCGAUAUGUCGGCGGCUUUACACGGGGGUGGUUAGGUCGAUGGCGCUCUACGGGAAGAAGGUACGGAGUGCUGUCCUUCCGCAUCACCCAAAUUCUGACCAACCAUGGGUGCUUCGGCUACUACCUGUAUAAGGUGGCUAGACGGGAACCUACCCCCGUGUGCCACCAGUGCGGUAGUAGCCCAGAUACAGCGCAGCACACCAUUGAGCUGUGUCCCGCCUGGGACGAGCAGCGUAAUGCGUUGGGGGCAUACUCAGGACAGGACUUCUCGCUGCCGAAUGUGGUGAGGGUGAUGAUCGGCAGCGAGGCCGGCUGGAAAACCGUAGAUACCUUCUGCGAACAAGUAAUAUCGCAGAAGGUGGCAGCGGAGCGGGUCCGUGAGUCAGACACUCAUGCGGACCCAAUUCGUUGGCUUAGGGUGGGCAGGCGUCGGACACGUUACGCCGCCCAGAUGCCGCCCUAG